GCCAGCCUGUUUCCUGCAGCUUUAUACUUUGUGAGGAAAUGACAUCACAGCACUAAGGCCGGAGUUGCCACACAAACAAUGAAAACAGAUGAGGAUCAAAUGAGCUUUGACUCCACCAUGGAUGCAGUUCAGUGUCUGCUGCAAAAUCUAUGAGGCAGAACAACCAGGUCAUGAAAGAGUUUGGAACGGUGCUGUGAAAUAUGUCUGACGGGCACAAAGAGACUCAACAAGACAGCACAUGUCAAACUAGAGCUGACGCUGUUUUCUCAAACCCUUUCAUGAGCGAUACUGAGUCGGACUGGUCUCAAAUACACGAUGCAGCCUUUAAUGGACGUGUCCUCGCUCUGCAGAAUCUCAUCACUCAGGGAGCAUGUGUAAACCUGAACACUUUGGACCGAGUUUCUCCCCUCCAUGCAGCAUGUGUACAAGGACACACAGCUUGUGCUAAAGUUUUGGUGGAAAAUGGGGCACAUGUAAACUGUUCAACGGUGGACGGACAAACACCCCUGUCAGAGGCUUGUGCCCGUGGUCAUGUGACCUGUGUAACGCUGCUCCUUCAACAUGGAGCGGCUCCUCAGGGAACCAGUCAUUCCAACUCUCCACUUCACAGUGCAGCAGCUAAAGGUCAUGCAGAGUGCAUUGAGAGCCUUGUUCAGCACGGUGCAGACGUGGACCAGUACAUGGAACGGUCAGGUUCCCCUCUUAACAUGGCCUGUUCCAAUCAGCAGCUGAGUACUGUACGAAAGCUGCUUCAGCUCGGUGCUAGUGUGAACAGUGUUGUUCAUGGGGAUUCUCCCCUGCACACUGCAGCCCGUCUGUCCUCCCCAGAGAUGGUGUCCAUCCUGCUGGACCACGGGGCAGAUCGCCACCUCAGGAACCUGGAGGGCAAACAUCCACUGGACCUGGCACCUCCAAACAGCCUCACAGAGAAGCUGUUGAAACAAGCAGAAACGUCUUCUCUGAUGCAGCUCUGUCGGCUGUUCAUCAGGAGAAUUGCGGGUAAACACAGACUGGGUGAGAUUCAUGACCUUCGCCUUCCCACAGAACUGAAACGGUAUCUUCUCCACCAGUCAGACCCCGGGGGGCAGAUCUAAUGCACAGACACUACCCGGCCUCUAAUGCUCAGAUUUGGUGUAGUUCACAUCUAGGUCAAUAGGUGGUGGACUUGUGCAAUCUUGUGGCGAGUGGAUUUGGUCCAUCAUACCUCAUGGUUUUAUUAUUGUGCUGUUUUUCUUUUGUUUAAGACAGCUGUGUACAAACUGAUUCUUUGGCUCUAUCUAGACGUUAAUAUAAAAAACAUAAAAGUCUGAUAAUUUAAUCAUUAAACACUACUAAAAAAAAGAGUAUGGGCUUAUAAGGUUGAAUGCAUUGUUGAAUAAUUAAUGAAAAACAGCUUAAUACACUGAAACAAUAUUUUUUCAUUACACAAGUGGAAAAAUAUUUGGUACUUCUGUUAUUUGAGACAAAAAUACUGGAUGGUCAGCUGCAGUGUUACUGUGGUUUUGUAAUAAAGCUGCUGUGUUUUUCCCCUGAGACCAACAGGAGAUGAGAUGUCCUUUUAAUAUGUAAUUGUUUAUAUGACUGGCACACAUUGUGCUCCCAGGACGGUGUUUUGAUCCAUGAAAAGGUGUAGAUAAACACGUACAGAUCGACAUGGAGUACAUCUAAGAGAUUUCAAAGUGGGCGUAGGAGCUGAGUUAAAACACAGCACUGGAGAGAUUGGAUCAAUUCCUGUUAAAGGUCUCAUAAUUUGCAAAAAAUAAAGGUAAAGAGUCAGUAUUAUGUCCUGACUGUUAAUUUAUAGCAUGGUCAUUUGUGUUUUAGGAGCAUCUACUUUGAAUAUUAAAUCACAAAUCUAUUUAAAAUGUAAAAAAAACAGACUCUCAGAUGUUAAUAAAUGAGUGACUAAUCUUUAAUUCAUAUUACAAAGAACAGUGAGAGUGUGUUUUUUGGGCUUUACACAACCUAUCUAUGGAGAAAAAACGUUUAAUAUUUUAUAGUAAAAAAAAAAAAUAACAGGCAAGAUGAUAUCAAUAUGUUUUGUUAAAACUGAAAGCUUACAUUAGUUUCAGAUUCAGUUAGUUUUAGGAGAACUCAUUUGAUUUCAGACAGACUAAAACUUUAUCAUGUCAUCUAAGAUGUUGGGAUCUGUAUGUUGAAAAUAAACUGUAUGUACUGUUUAGAUUUACCUGUAUAAAAAAAGAUUGAGCAUGAAAUAAGACAAAAUCUCCUGUUGUGUCUUUGUUCUUGUACAGAGGAUGUGCUGAGGUAUUAUGCAAAUUCAUUCUCCAGGGAAACGGCAGAUUCUUUGGGGUAUUAAGAAUAAUUUGAGUCUAAAAGUCUACAGCCUAAAAAGGAAAUCUGUGCAGCACAAGAAAGUCAACAACAUAAAAACAAACAAAGCCUGUGUGAAAAUGGAAAGCAAAUGCAGAACACCAGAAAAUGUCAUAACCCAGUUAUGAACUGCCUGUUCUUCUUUUAACCCUCGUUUAGUUGAAACUAAGUGGAUCCAGUCUGACAGGGUAAUAAAGAGGAAGAGAGGGCAGCACUGGUGUAAAGACAAGGCUAUGAUCUAUGUGAAAGUUGAUUUUUAUUAUUUAAAAUAAGAAAUUUAGAGUCAAUAAAACGAAGGUAAAAUCUUGUGUAAACAGCAGGUUUAGUGUCUUCAUCAUUAUCAUUUAUUUAUCAUUUAUUCAUCCCCUGCCACAGGAUUGGACAUGGAAAGCAACAGAAAUCUUUAUAUUGAUUCCUUCAAUAGUUUCUUUUUUUUCCCACAGAGAAGAAAUAUGGAGAAGGAGCGAGGUGUCAAUGGCAAUGUUUACAUGCACAAGAGACUGGUUUCUAAUAAGCUGUUUACAUGGGUAAAGAAAAAUUAAAAUUAAUAUUCUGUUAAUGUUCUUCUUUAUAUGCAUCCAUUUGGACUCGGUGUCCCAUUCUCUCAAACACUUUCUUAAAAAUAUCAGCUUUUCAGUGUUUGCUCACAUCCAAGAACCUGAUGAUAUCCUAUUUUAUAAAGUUUAAAGCUAGGCCAGAAAAGUAUCCUUACUUUUAAACGUCCAUCUCUAUAACCUGUGGUAAAAUACACAAGUGAGAUGCAUAAAGUGCUCUAUACAGUCGUGGAAAAAAUUAUUAGACCAUCGAAAGUCAUCAAAAACAAUGGUUAUGUAAU